UUCGUCCACCAACCGUCGUGGUGAGCGGUUGUGUCGCUCGUGUCGAUCGUGUUUAGUGAACGUGUUUUGUGCCUAUGAACAGUCAAAAUGGUGCGUAGCCUGUCGCAGUGGACGAAGACGUUGAGCUUCCCGGCGAGGCUGUCGCCCAACCGGACGUCGAAGGAGAGCGUGGUGAACGUGCAGCCCGCCUCCCCCGGCGUCUCCCCCACACCCAGCGCCUCCUCGCUCCCGCAAGGAUCCGAUAAAACCAUUUCGCCGAUCCCCAUCACCGAGAUCAGCCAAAUCAUAUAUCCCGACCCUGAGUCUGAGAAGGCAAUAAUGGGGUCAGUGGUGUACUGCAUCCACCAUAAGGAAGGAUGCCAGUGGUCGGACGAACUACGCAAAUUGAAGGCGCAUCUGAACACGUGCAAGCACGAUGCGGUGCUGUGCGCGGCGCAGUGCGGCGCCAUGAUCCCUCGCGUACUCAUGCAAGACCACCUGCGUUACACCUGCCCACGCCGCCGUGCACAUUGCCAGCACUGCAACAAGGAGUUCUCUGGCAGCGCGCUCGAGGAGCACCAGGGUAAUUGCGGUCAUGAGCCUGUUUACUGCGAGAACAAGUGCGGCGCGAAGGUGCAGCGUCGUCACACGCUGCAGCACGCGCAGCUACAUUGCAGCAAGCGUCUCGUGCCCUGCCCGCACUGCGGACAGAAGUACACGCAGGACUGCGUGUCUGCGCACGGGGCGACGUGCAGCCGCGCGCCAGUACCGUGUCCGCAGCGGAGUGCGGGCUGCGCAGCGCUGCCGGCACGCGACGAGCUCGACGUCCAUCUGCGCGACCACUGCGCCGCCGCACAGCCCUGCCCCUACCGCGACGCGGGAUGCAGAUAUAAGGGCACGCGUGCGGCGGUGGAGCGGCACACGGAGGAGAGCUGCCAGCAGCACGUGGCGCUGCUGGCGGCAGUGGCGGGGCGGCAGGCGCGCCAGCUGGACGCGCUGCGGGCGGCGGUGGCGCGCCUCGCCGUCAACUGCUCCGGCGCGCUCGUCUGGCGCGUCUCAGACUUCGCCGCCAAGAUGGCCGACGCUAAAACCAAAGAUGGCGUCGAGCUGCUGUCACCCGCUUUCUAUACCAGCCAGUACGGGUACAAGUUACAGGCGUCUCUGUUCCUGAACGGCAACGGCGCGGGCGAGGCGACGCACAUGUCGGUGUACAUAAAGAUCCUGCCGGGCGAGUACGACGCGCUGCUGCGCUGGCCAUUCGCGCACUCCGUCUCCUUCACGCUGUUCGACCAGAGCGCCAGCCCCGACCGCGCCUGCAACAUCGUCGAGAGCUUCGUGCCCGACCCCACCUGGAAGAACUUCCAGCGCCCCUCCAAGGAACCCGACGCCCUCGGAUUCGGCUUCCCGAGGUUCGUCUCGCAUGAAAUGCUCAAGAAGAGGAACUUCGUCAAGGAUGACGUCAUGUUCCUGAGGGUCAAAGUGGACCCCAGCAAAAUAGUAGCAGUUUAAGUUUACAUUGUAACUCUAGUAGUCAUCGUUAUUUAGUGUUAGAUAAUUUAAAAGUCAUAGAUUAAGAUGUAAGGGUCUUGCUUUCCGGAACUCUCCGAUUUCUCUGUAUAUAGUAAAUGUAAGAGCGAGUACGCAAUUGUUAUCCUUUCACUGAAGAUCUCUUGAAUUUCACUGCCCUCGUGCCCUCGUGCCCUCGCCCACAUACCGACCGAUGUUUCAAAGUACUGACCAUUUGUAGUUUUGUUUGAUUUUAUUUGAGAAUAACCCAUUAAUAAUUACAAUUUUUUUUCUUUUGAGUUUUAAUAAUAGAACAUUUUGUUUUUUUUGACUAAUACACUAAUCAAAUUUUUGAAAGAUUACAAUAAACCAGUUUUAAACAUGUAACACCUAAAAUAAUACACUAAUGUGCCAUAUUUUUAUAAGUUAUUUUGUGAAAUCCGUAUUAAAUACACACAUUUUUAUAGGAUACUGCAAAAACUGUGUGUUAUUCUAAAAAAAAAAGUUCAAAAGCAUUUUUGUUGGCCUUCAAAAUAAAGGCGAUUUGAAAAAUGCUUGGACUAAAACUUUGAGACACGUUUGGUUAUGUUAUAUCGGCAUAUCUUUGUAUAUAUUUCUUAUUUACAUUAAUUUAUAUCUAAAUAUUUCCAAUUGUACAUAAAGACAAAUUAUCAAAGUAUGUUAUGUAAAUAUAAAAGAUGUUACUUUGAAAUAAGAAUGUCUGAUUUUCUGUGUGUUACGAAGCUGGAAUUAGACCAAAGUUUUACGGUAACUUUACAUUGAAGCAAAUACUUUGCAAAUCUUAGUAAAGUUAUCGAAUUAAAGAAAAAAACACGGCUAAAGCUGACUGUUGAUAUAUCUGUAAAUAUAUAUGUUUUAAGUAUUUACAUUCAAUGUCUACUCAUAAUUUUCUUAUGUAAAUAUUAUAUUAUUUAAAAUGAGAAAAUUAAUUGUAUGUCAAAAAUUUUGGGUUAA